AUGGCACAAUCUGGUGGAGCAUCGACGUGUUUUUCCUUAUCUCUUUGUGUUUUAAUCCUUCUCAUCAUUGCAUCAUUGGCUGUUGCUAUAUUUGGAACAACAUAUUAUACAAGCGAGAAGAAGGCUUUGACAGUCUACAAGGAAACAAAAUGUUUAGUGACCAACUACACGCAGAUUAAUAAAACUUGCGUAAGUGAAACAUGUACAGGCUCCGGAUUCCUUCGUACAUGUCGAAAAAAUUACAAUCAAUGUAAUUUACAAUUCUAUGCAGUGCAAUACAAUAUAACUAAUCAAACAAUCGAUACGACAUUCACUGGAUCCGGUGGACCGGGAAGUAAUUCGUUUAAUCAUACAUAUACAUGUUACUAUCACACUACAAACAUAACAAAAAUCCGAUGGGACUGGCCACAGCCACGAACAUAUUUGAUUGUGCUGAUAGUAGGAUGGUCGUGUUUUGGUGUCUUCCUUGUCGUUACAAUUGGUAUUUCGAUUUUCUUCUGUUUGCGCAAAAACUCCAUGAGUUAUAAUCAAUUGCCAUAA